AUGGGGGAAGUUGCGUGCUUGUUGAGCCAUCACAAUGUCUGGUCGGAAAUCGUGAACAAACGCCACAACCUGACUAUGAUUCUUGAGGAUGACGCUGAGUUUAUUUUGGAGUUUGAAGAUUUUGACUUCGACAACUUUGAGGAGGACUUGAAACUGGUCCUAAACGAAUUUGAUCAGAUGGGAGGCGAAUUACUGUAUCUUGGAAGAAAACAAAUGAAAGAUGAUUUAGCCUGUGAAGAAUGCAGUCACCUGGUGAGACCUGGGUUGUCUCAUUGGACUGUCGGCUACAUGCUGACCUUAGAAGGUGCAAAGAAACUCCUUAACACAGACAUUCUACAACAAGUAAUUCCUGUGGACGAGUAUAUUCCUCUAAUGUACAAUCAGCAACCCAUGUUUAAACAGUGGGAUGAUUGUCUCUUGCGAAAGCAUUCUAGUGAAAUUCUCCUUAAUGCUUUUGCGGCUAGAUUCGCGCUCGUCAAGCCUAGAUAUGAUUGGCUAGAUUUGAAAUAUGAAAGCGACACUUCGGAAUCAUUGUAUGUAAUCGACGAACCAAUGCAAGAUGACGAACCAGUACCAGAAGAUUAUGAAUUGCUCGUGUAUGAAAACAAUUGA